GCCCCUUUUGGAUCCCAUCGCGCCUUAGACAGGCGCGUCGAAUGGCGACGCGCUUCUUCUGUUGGCUCCUGCUGGUCCCAGUGGUCUCUCUCCGUAGCGACGGUCAACAGCUGGCACAUAGCGAUAUUGGGAGCCAGGCUUGCUGCGUGGUGGAUGGCUACAACUACCGGAUCUCUGAUCCGAGCUUCAGAAAAAAGGCUGCCCAUGUGAUUUGGAUGUUGGAGAAGACCGGCCUCUAUGAUGUGCCUGGAGACGACUUCAAAUCACUCUGGCGCAAGUCCAUUCUUUGCACGAGAGCUUUGAACCUGGAAGAUAACGAGAGUUGCCCCAGGGUCUUUGGCAACGUAGAGCCGUGGAAAACGAAGAGAAACUUGGAACUCGCUGAAAACGGAAUCAAAAAGUUCUACGACGAGCACAGGUUCUGGAGCGAGGGUUACUUCUUUCGAAAGCCCAAGUGCCCCCGCGGCUUCGCGCCAGCGCAAGAACCGAAGUGGCGCUGCAGUUUCGACAUGAAGCGGCUGAUGCGACUCCUGGAGAUUUGGAUUGAGAAGGUGGGCUACGACGUGCGCCUGGCGGAAAUCUUGCCGCAACAUAAGAGCAAGCCAGGCUGGAUCGAUCGUAACAGGGGCUAUUCGGAUUUUUCAAGUGAGAUCAGUCUCCUGAAAGGCAACAUCAAACGCCUGCGGGCUCAAGCCGAGGAGAUCUGGCCGAAGCGUUUCACCGACGAAUGA